AUCAAGAGGGCAAUUCAUAGCAGCAACCCUGGAAAUGGAGCAGGUAGGAGGCACCAGAACAAAAUUUCCCAGCCAUGGAUCAAUGCAAAACUGUACCCUUAUUAUCUUUCAUCAGCUCGUGCCAUUCUCCAUCAAACAAUCCCCUCCGUUCAAGGAACUCCCUCUGCAAAUAUCAGUGAAAGUCAAGGUUUGUUGGGUUGCCGUUUGGAUGCCUGAACACAAGGAUCUGUUUAGAGUCUUUAGAAAUAGCGUGGUAUGAGCAGUUCAGCACUCCAGCAUUAAUAGGAAAGAAACCUUCCUUCCCAG